CUUCCCGGAGAAACUUCAGCCUGGUAGAGAGAUUCAAGGCAUUCCGUGUGUUGAUAAUCUCCCAGAAGAGACAGAGAUUUCGCAAUAAAUCAUCAUUUGCUUCGUCACUUAUCAGUGUAGUGUUUGUCUGCUGGUGAGGAAACCUAGUCGAAAUGUGCGAUCCUUGUGUUUCUGGUGAAAAUUGCUGCUCUGUGGAGUUGCCCGUUCUCAAGCCCUGCAUCCCGAUUCCGGUGCCGGAGGAGCAGCUGAUGGAUGUGAUUGACAAGGCUAAGGAUUGGGCCCUUAUGCAUGGAGCUGCCAUGAGGUCCAAGACAAACUUUAACCCUGAUGCAAUGCAGUUUGCUCCAUUUGUCCUAGUGCCCAGUUCCUUUCCACGGAAGGAAUUUGAGAAGGCAGUAAAGCUUCAGACCAUCCUCAAUGAGCUAAUGCACAAGGUAGCUCAUGAUACGGAAUUCCUGCGAUCAACACUCGAGAAUACCAUCAAGGUGGAUGAAUUCACGGGGAAUCUCUUCAGGAUUUACGAAGAUAUCCUCAAGAACUGCUCAAAUCAACCCCUCUCGCUAGGACUCAUCCGGUCUGACGUGAUGCUGGAAUGUUGUUGUCCCGAUGGUGGUGCAACCCUUGGGGCUUAUUGCUGCUGGAAGCAAGUGGAGAUUAAUGCGAUUGCCAGUGGCUUUGGGCAUUUGGGGCCAAUUUCUAGGGAAUUGCAAAGCUACAUUCUUCAUGAGCUCAAUCACGGCGAUAAAGUCAGCAAUCUCCCAGCGAAUCCAGCUCUUUCUGGCCUCUGCAAUGGCAUGAUUGAAGCAUGGAAGAUUAUUGGCAAGCCCCAUGCUGCCAUCCUCUUCAUUGUGGAAAACAUAACGUACAAUAUUUGCGAUCAGCGUUUUCAUGAAUUUGAAAUAAGAAAAAUAAAUCCGGAAAUUCGUGUAAUUCGCAAAACUCUCACGGAAAUUAACAAAGAAGGAAAAUUGGGACCAAAUAAUGAGCUCCUCGUCAAUGGGACGGAAGUGAGUGUUAUUUAUUUCCGUGCUGGAUACGAACCGGGUCACUAUCCGACACAGGGAGAGUGGGAUGCGCGUCUUCUCAUGGAACGAUCAUUGGCCAUUAAGUGUCCUUCAAUUCACUACCAUCUUGCGGGAACGAAGAAAGUCCAGCAAGCAUUGGCGAAGCCGGGAAUUCUCAAGCGUUUCCUAGUGGGUGAGGAGAUGAUUGAGUCAGUCAAGGAGAUUUUCACGGGGCUGUAUUCAUUGGAUGCCAAUGAGGAGGGCGAAGAGGCUGUCCAGAGGGCUCUAAAGAACCCCGAAAGAUAUGUUCUGAAACCCCAGAGAGAGGGUGGAGGCAAUAACAUUUAUGGUCAAGACAUUCUAGGUGCCUUAAAGAAAAUGACCACAACUGAACGUUCAGCUUGGAUUCUCAUGGAGAGAAUCUUCCCGCCAAUCUCGAAAGGCUACAUAAUCCGUCCUGGAGACGUUGGUACGCCUAAAGUAUCGGAUUUGGUGUCUGAAUUGGGAAUUUUUGGUGCAAUAAUUGGGGAUAAGGAUAAAAUUGUGUACAAUAAGCAAGUUGGGCACAUGCUGAGAACGAAGCUGGCAACAGCUGACGAAGGUGGUGUUGCAGCUGGAUCGGGUGCACUCGAUAGUCCUUACCUUAUUGAUUAGCGCACAAAUGUCCCGAAAAAAAAAAAGGUUUGUGUGGUGAUGAAUCAUUCCGCCGCAAAAGCAUUUUUUGGGCAAAUGUUGUCUUUUUGUAAAGAACAAAAAAAAAGGUUCUUAAUGCAUUGUUUUGAGGAAUAAAAUUCCACGAGUUUUAUGCAAA